AUUCCAACAUUCAAUCUUCAGAAUAUAUACACCACAUUCACAAUUAUUCACAAUACCUACUUUGAAAGGGAGGGAAGAUGUGAGCCUUGAGAGCAUCAAACUCAUCAAUCCUGCAUUCCUCUACCACUUCCAAUCGAAGAGGAAUUACCAUGAAUCUCCAAAACAGAAUCUCCAAAAUCUCUCUUCCACACAUCGAAAACAACUCUACUUUUCAACAAAUGGAAAAGCAGCUCAGUCCCAAUGUGGAAGCGUUCAUUGAAAGCGACGACCCAAUGGUGAAAGUCAAGCUUUACGCGAUACUGGAAGCCGUUGCAGACAGAGUUGAAAUGCACAAAAACAUCGGAGACCAGAGAAAAGAGUGGAACGGUCUUCUUCUCCAAUCAAUCAACGCUCUCACUCUCGCCGCCGCUACCAUGGUGGGCAUCGCAGAUACCACCGCCAUCACGUUAUCUUCGACAGUGAUGUACGUAGCAGCGACAGGGAUGCUUUCGAUAGUGAACAAGAUCCAACCAUCACAGCUAGCAGAAGAGCAACGCAACGCAACGAGGCUAUUCAAACAGCUUCAAAAUCAAAUCCACACCAUUCUAUCUGUUGGAAAUCCAACUUCCGUUCAUGUUAAGGAAAUGAUGGACAAAGUCUUGGCGCUCGAUAAGGCCUUUCCGCUCCCUCUCCUUGGCGGCGCCAUUUUCGAUAAAUUCCCGGACACUGUUGAGCCCGCGGUGUGGUGGCCUCAAAACAGAAGAAAACAGUUGAAAACGAGCCAAGCCAGCAACGGGUGGAAUGGUAAGUUGGAGAAAGAAAUGAGAGAAAUAGUUAAUGUGAUGAAGCAAAAAGACGAGGAAGAUUACUUGAAGUUAGCUGGAAAAGCACUAAAGUUGAACAAAGUUUUAGCAAUGAGCGCUCCUGCGCUGACAGGUUUAGCCGCGGUUGGUUCCACCCUACAUUCCCACGGUGGCUGGGCUGCGGCCUUGGCUGUUGGAGGCGGCGCCUUGGCCACUGUUGCCAACUCACUAGAGCACGGGGGCCAAGUGGGGAUGGUGUUUGAGAUGUAUAGAAGCAAUGCCGGAUUCUUUAAACUCAUGGAAGAAUCAAUACAAUCCAACAUAGGGGGAGAUGAUUUGGAGAGAAUAGAAAACGGAGAAAUGGUGGAGAUGAAGGUUGCGCUGCAGUUGGGAAGGAGUUUAUCAGACCUCAGAAAUCUGGCGGAGGAUUCUUCCAUCAAAGGGAAAGCCAUUGAUGAGUUUGCAAGCAAGCUUUUCUGAUCAUGCUAAACACUCUUGUAAUGCAAAAUACAACACAUGAAAUUAUACCAUUCUAUGUCCAA